AGCAGCCGCACGCACCCUACAGUACCGACCGAGGCUGUUGCUGCUGCUGCUGCCCACCGGCACAGCACCGAGCCGCGCGCGACGCCGCGGGGCGAAUCGGACCCCGCCGCCGCCGCGCCGCCCCGACGCGCCGUCGCGCCCAACGACGCCACCCAAAGCAAGCAUUGUUGAUGGUGCCCCCGCCAGGUGUCGCUGCCAGGCACAAUACGCCGUAUGCACAACCGUUGCCGUAUCUCACCUACAGAACAAAAGUCAAAGUCGGCUUCGGCACAACCACAACUACAACCAUGCGCGCGGCGACGCCGCUGCACCACAGGCAAGAGUACACCACGCACACGGCGCGCGUCGGCGCAUCCAGCGUGACGGAACACCGCGUCGCGCGGCGCACGACGCGUCGAGGCAGCGGCUCGACGGGCGCCGUGCUCCUCGCCCUCGUGUCGCUGCUGCUGCUGGCCUACAUCGUCCACAACAAUGCACCGGUCACAACCGCAACGACGACCACGAAAAUCUUCGCCGUGGUCGCGGUUGGCGCCGCCGUGCUCUUUCUGCACGCCGCCUCGCGGUCCGUGCUGUAUCCAGAAUCCCUCACGCCGCUCCCCGCUCUCGGCGUGCAGCUGGCCACGGCCCGCGGCCUCUCCCUGCUAGGUGCGACGAUCCCGCUGUCCACGGCGCGCCGGUUCGUGCCCCUCUCCGAACUGUCGACUGUCGUUAUCCACGAGGGGCUCGUGCGCUUCAACGUCAGGUUCUACCUCGGCAUCGUGCGCCGCGGGGACGUGGUCGUCGCGUUUGAUGAGGUCCACCCCCUGCUAGAGGUGCUUAAGGAGGUGUACCAUGCCACCCGGGAGGAGCUGUUCGACGAGUAUGACGAGGGGGACGAGUAACUGUCUCGGCCCAUCGAGACCCACAUAGACGCCACAUGUUGUAUGCAUCGACUCAUCGCGCUCGUUCUCAAGCUCAGCUCCACUUGGCCCGGCACAGCACACUUCACUCGAUUCAUUCCCUUUUCUCCUAUGAUAUCUCUAUGCCACUGAUUCAUUCUUCUUGUCGUUCAAUAGUCUUUCUUCUUGUUCUUCUUCCUCUUUGUUUCUUCUUCUUCUUCUUCUUCUUCUUCUUCUUCUUC